GUGACUGGUGGUUGGACUGGGCGGAGGCAUGGGAAUGGAUGGCGCCGGCAGCGGCCACCAUACCAGAUUGUUUCAGAGAUUUCCUUUUUUAAUUGCUCAGCAAUGAAGUUGUGGGAGAUAAGGAUGAACGAGGCAAAGCCUUAUCUGUAAAUAUGAAGAGAGGUGUGGGUAUCUUUUAUAAAAUUGUCAUAAUUUGCUUUCUAUCCGUCAGAUAUAGAUCGGACGGUCUAUUGGCAGGUACACCAUUAUUAUCAACUCGGUUUUUUAUAUUUUUAGUAGUAUGAUGUAUUGUAAAAAGUCUCCUGUUUAAGCCCAGCGUUUAAGAGGGAAGAAGUAGUGCUGUUCAAGGCCCGAAGUUUAAGAGGAAAGAGCCCAUGUUGGCACUGCGCAAAUGACACUGUACUACCUGAGGAUUAAUUUAUGAUCCCGUGUUGGCACUGUGCACGUGCGAUCCUACUACGUGAUGAGGACCAAUUUUAAUUCAGCUUCUACAUGUGCCAAAAAGGACCAUCGUAGAGCUGGCGCGUAUGAUAUAUACACAUAUGAUGUCAUUGACGUGUAAUGUGAUGAGGUGAUUCACAUCUAAAAGCUUUCUGUUUGGGAUACCGUGUUCAGGUGAUGUGAUCAGACACAGAUGUCCUCCUGUGCAAGCAAGAGGCAAGAGCAGUGCAUUUCUGUGGCAAAGUGCCAACCGUACUAUAGGAAUAAAUUGAAAAUACAGAGAUUGUCCUCCCAUUUUUGUUAAGUCACUGUUCCUUUUUGUCCAGUAGUUUAAGCAAGCUGUUACCAAUUGAUCUGUUUAAAUUGAUCUGGUGGCUUGCAUCCAUUUGAUCUGUUAAUAUGUUCUGAACAUCUAAACCACCAGUUUGUUUCUUUGCACAAGUGCAUGUUCUAAAAUGUGACGGCAUGCCCACAAUGCACUCAAUUGUUUAGUUUUUACUUCAUGGCAGACUGUUGAAGAUGUUGGAUACACAUUUCAAAGAAAAUGAUGUGUCUUGGCGCAGGCAAGUAGCCAUAAGAAAGGAAGCUACUUCAGGCAACUUGAGCACCUGAAGCAUACCUAGUGUCUCUACGGCUUUUUAGAGCAGCAACCACCAGGAAUUCUUGCACACAAUCUAAACGCCCCAGCAUGUAUGGCGGCUGGUAAAGGACACAGAUGAUGAAGAUGUACACUGUUGGGGGCUGCUACAGUGAUGUGGAGUGCACGAGUUGGCCAGAAAAGAAUACACCGUGGAACUGCCACAGCCUCAGGAUCAGGAGAUAUCCAGGAGGGUCGGGGAGUGCCAAACUUAAGCCUUAAGCCGCACAAGCUCUUGGGGCGCAAUACAAGACAGAGCACGAGAUCUUUAUCGCCUCAGGCGCGUGCUUGUAUAUGAAGCCUGAGGAGAGGAACAUUUAAAGCCAAGGCAGGCGCUAGUGCAGUUGCCAAUUGGUGCGCCUGGAUAAGAGGAAAACAGUCUGUCUCAGAAGGAUCAAGAACUUGAAGGAGCUUGGGGGGCCUUGAAGAAUCAACGCGUGCAUCCACAGGUAUGGAGAUGCUGGCGGGCGUGCAAGACGGCCUGAACAUAGAGCAAGAGUAUGUCAAUGCGAUGCGCACGCAGUCUAACAUGCGCUUCUUAUCAAACAAGGAAGAGAUGGAAGCCCUUCUUCAGCCUCAGCAAGAUCUCAUCCUUCCAAUGCUUCACAACAUGAGGCGGAGAAAAUCUGCUGAAAUUGAGCUCGCAAUGACUGGUUACUUUGAUGCCAGUGCCGAGGCCUCAGAGAUCUGCAAGCAGCUACUGAGGAACAUCAAGAACACUGAAAGCAACUACCAAUCAAUGGACAGCUUCCUUGCAAGCAUAGGCUGUACUACUGCCACUAGUAGUACCUCCCUUGCACUGGAAACAAUCCCGGGUAGAAGCAACCCUUUCAGCACCACCACAAGGAGCAAUUUCAGACAGAUUCAUGACAGGUACUCCUCCGUGCUCCAGACCAUCAAAUCAAGUCACAGGAAAGUGGCAAAGAAGCUCAAGAUAGUGAAAAUCAUCAAGAAGCUCUCAAGGACUUGCCUCGUCAUUGCCGGUGGUGCGGUUGCCAUCGGGAUUGCAGCACACCUGCUGGUCUUUAGCCUUCUGGUUGGAUCUGCGCUCAUGGGGCUCUGCCCUAUUGCGCUCAAGAGAAGGGUCACAAGGCUGAAACGUUCCAAGACAAAGUCUUUGCAGCAGUUGCAGGAGCAACUCGAUACUGCCGCAAAGGGCACAUAUGUUCUUGGCAGGGACUUCGAUACGGUGAGCCAACUUGCCGUGCGCCUCUCUGACGGUAUUGAGCGGGAGAAUGCAAUGGCAACAUAUUGCAUGGAGAUGGUGGAUGAGAAGUAUCCGGUGCAGGAGAUGGUGGUGGAGCUGAGGAGGAGUUGUUCUAGCUCUAGGAGAUUGGCCAUGGAGCUAGAAGAGCACGUGGGCCUGUGCCUUGCUACAAUCCAUAGAGCUAGACUUUUGGUGAUCGAAGAGAUCUCCAAGCAAGCUUGAAUACAGUUGCCUGUUUAGUUAGUGUGGACAUUAUGUUUAGGAGUACUUCAGAAAUGUUUAUACUUUUUGUUAGACCGUGGAGGGAAUUUGCACUUCAAUACAUUAGGAUAGAAAAUUAGGGCGAUUUAGCUUCAUCCAAAGAAGGAAAAGGAAGAAAAAACAAAAAUAACGGACUAUUUGUGAGAGUUUGAGCAAAACUAGAAAUAUCAACUGCAAUUUCUUGCAGGGAAAUUGAUGCUUUCUUGUACAAUCAGUGUAUAUAUGAAAACAUUCUGAGAUUAUUUCUGAAAUA